AUCACUCUUGUUGAUAAUGAUGGUGUCAAGUUAAAGUUUCUCUUGUGGGGAGAGCAGGUUCUCCUUGCGAAUCUUUUCAGUGUAGGAAGUAUGCUUGCACUGGAUAGACCUUUCAUUGCAAAUGUUAUAGACAGUGAUAUGCAAACAAAUGCUGAAAUUUGUCUUGAAUAUGGUAGUGCCACACAGUUAUAUUUGGUCCCCUUUAUUCAACAUGAAGAGCAGGUACUUGUAGCAUCCACACCAAAUUGGUGUCAAGGAUCAAGGCUGUUGAAUGGAUUGAGUCAAAGUCAGGGUCCUAAAGUUUCUCAAGUGGCAUUGCCCUACAAUUCUGAAGGUUCUAUUGACUUCAGUAAUUAUCCUUUCAGAUCAUUUAUUGUUGAUCUUCGUGACAAGAUGACUAGAAUCAGCCUUUAUGGUGCUGUAACAAACAUCUUAAGAGAAGGGGGGAGAGAGAGGUGGAGGCGAACGUUGCUGGUGGUGGAGAGAGAGGGCUGCACGCGGUUGUUGGUGGUAGAGAGAGAGGGCUGCAAGCGGUUGCUGGUGGUGAAGAGAGAGGGCCGCACGUGGACGUCGCUCGUGGCAGGGAUUGAGGGAGAGAGAGGGCUGGAAUUGAGUUCGAUGGAGAGAAGGUUGCAGGGGUCUGCACGCGGUUGCUGGUGGUAG